UUACUUAAAAAAUAAAAAAGUAUCAAUGAAAUAGUAUAAAUUUGUGGAUCAAAAAGUUAACAUGACUAUGGGCUCCCUUAAGUCCAAUUCCAAUUCCAGUCCUCAAAUACUUUGGCAGCAUUCCCAACUGAAUGGAGAAAACCUUCACCGUCGAUUCAACUGCGGUACAUCGAUAUACCCGCGGAGAAUCCAAGCUCCUCCUUCAGGCGCUAUGGCGGCGAUCUCCUUCACUCUUCAUACGCAGCCUCCUCCUCAAACUCUCUCUUCUCAUCGCCUUAUCGACGGUCGUCUCUCCGGCUCCACCGCUCUUCAGUUAGGUCGCAAUGAUUCAAGCACCGCAAGUAUCUGUCUCCAGAAAGGGAGAGAAUGGAUCCAUGAACCACGCGCGUGGAGUGUGAAUGCUCGGAGUGGCAUGGUAAUGGGUGAUUACGGCGACGAAAUUGACGACGAUGAUGACGACGAUGACGAUGAGGAAGAAGACGAAGACAGGAGUUUGGACCUUUUGAUUAAGUUUGUUGAGAAUGUGUUCCGAAAGGUGUCUAAAAGAGCACGGAAGGCUGUCAAAUCUGUUUUGCCCGUUCCCAUCUCCACCAGAUUAGUUGGAUUUGCUGUGAACGGAACAAUAAUCCUGACGUUCUUGUGGGUUUUGAAAGCUUUCCUUCAGGUAAUCUGCACCCUCGGCAGUGUGGUGUUCGCCAGCAUAUUACUCAUCCGUGGCAUAUGGACCGGGAUCUCCUACUUCCAAGACAGCCGUAGCUUCCGGGGGGACGAUGAUGAUACCCAACCAUGGGCUAGCAGCCAGCCUGCCUUGUGAAUUAUUAUUAUUCCGAAAGAUCCAAAAGUCGAAACACGCACAAGCAUUAAGGCCAAGAAUUUGAAGUAACACUGUAGAUCACAACCAUGGGUCAUCAAAUCUGAAAGGUUUGCUCAGGUUCGUUUACAGAAUAGAUAGAGAUUUGAUGAAAGCAUUGAAAGUGAAAGGUUCAUGUGAAUUAUUUAACAAUUAUCUGCAAUAAUAAUAAUAAUAAUAAUAAUAAUAAUAAUAAUAAUAAUAUACCCUUUGAUUCCACCAUUAAUGUUUUUAAGCACCCUGUGAGGAUGAUGUUCUAUUGUAGAAACCAGCAAGAGUACUUGAAUAAGUGGAAAUACAUCAGCAAAACAAAGAAGUUGUUCACUUUCCUAUGGAUUGGAUGGAUGCUCUUCAGUUGAUUGGAGGAGCUGUGUCGUAUAUCCUCUCCUCAUCGAGUAGCUCGUAGGGGUCGAUAUAUUGAGGCGGCGCCCUCGUACUUGUACUACCAUCGUGCACGAAUUCAGGUCCGAAGUACUGGAUCAUACAACAGUUUGUUUACUAUGUGAUGAGAUAUGAUCUGAUCUGGUCUGAUCAAUGUGUAUACUACAGAAGAAAUGAAGGUAGAGAAAAAUGUCGGAAGUUACCAGAUACAGAGCAGAGAAGGAAGCAACAGUGACAAGUAUCAAUGGCCAGAAGCCAAGAAAGAACGUCCCUCCCAGCGUCAGCAACAGCUUCGCUCGCGGGAUCAAGCCCUGAAUAAAGAAUGGAUUUGGAGUAAAGUUGCAUUGAUCUUCAAGCAAUUAGUUCAGGUAAAUAGGAUUUUUAGAAGAUUCUCACCUCUAAGCCUUCGCUGUUGAGUGCCAUGGACUUCUCCCUUUGGCCUGAUAUGUUGGUUUCGCCAUCUGUUGUGACUCCAUUUCUUCUAGAGUAAUUCCAUCCUCCGUCUUCUUCUCUGUACUUUGUUCCUGUGCUUCUGCUUUUAUCCUCGGCUGAUGAAUCGCCUGUCAUCCCGCGUCUCCUCAGCUCUUUCGAAAAUAAAGACUCUGGAGGUUCUUCCCC